CGGACUUGUACUGGAUCUGAUUCGGAUUAUUUCACCGUGGGGCACCUGUGAUGUCAUCGAGGUCCGACCUGUGCCGUGAAACAUAUUUGCAAAUAUUAAACCCAUAAGGAGGCAGAAGAUCAUAUGGAGCGUCACCAUUUUGACUGAUUCCAAAUUCAGAACGUUUACUAUGGCUUCAUUCCUUUUAGGAAUUUGUUUACUCUUCAUAGAACCACGACUGGUGCCUUCCAUGCCAACCUCAAAUACAAAGAACUACACCUCCUCCCAUCUAUCAAAUGAAGAGCAGAGUAAGAAGGCAACGGUUGAAGGAACCUUACGCUAUGUUGUCCAUCUGAAUGGUACCAGCCAGUAUUUACCCCACACUAUCAUUAUUGGAGUUCGGAAGGGGGGGACAAGAGCUUUGCUUGAAAUGCUAAGUCUCCAUUCUGAUAUUGCUGCAGCUGAAAAUGAAAUUCAUUUCUUUGAUUGGGAAAAACAAUACCAGCACGGUGUGAAGUGGUAUCUUGGCCAAAUGCCCUUCUCCUACCCUCAUCAGCUUACCGUGGAGAAAACACCAGCCUACUUUACAUCUCUGGAAGUUCCAGAAAGAAUCCAUAGAAUGAACAGUACUAUUAAACUCCUGCUCAUUUUAAGGGAUCCUAUUGAAAGAGUAUUAUCUGACUACACACAAGUCUUCUAUAACCAUAAACAGAAGAAUAAGUCCUAUCCACCAGCGGAGGAGCUUCUUCUCAAGAACAAUGAGCUUAACACGGACUACAAAGCCAUAAACAGGAGCUUGUAUGAGCAUUACAUGGAACACUGGCUAAAAUAUUUCCCUCUCGAGAAUAUCCAUAUCGUUGAUGGGGACCUCCUGAUCAGGGAUCCUUUUCCUGAAAUGCAGAAGGUGGAACGGUUCCUAAACCUCUCGCCUCAGAUUAAUGCCUCAAACUUUUACUUUAAUAAGACAAAGGGUUUCUACUGUUUGAGAGACGGUGGCAGAGAUCGGUGUUUACAUGAGUCCAAAGGCAGAGCCCACCCCCAAAUAAGCACUUUCCUACUGGGCAAAUUGCGGGACUAUUUUUAUGAGCCCAAUAAAAAGUUCUUUGAACUUGUUGGAAGGACAUUUGACUGGCUGUGAGCCCCAACGACCGAGUGUGAGGGUAACUGUUGCGUAGUCACAAAGGAUAUUGAGCUCUAAUUUAUUUGUAAAUGGAAACCUAAACGAUUUAUGGACAGCACCUGAACAGUAUUAUGACUAGUUUAUAUAUUUUUUAUACAUGAUAAAGAUGAAAACACUUUGUAUGGGAGUUUUCAUUGUUAAUAGAAAAUAUUCAUUUUGGAAUAUGCUAAUAUAUUUCACUAAUUGCACUUA